UACACAUUGGAAAUCUAAUGUCAGCUAUUACGUGUUAGGUGUCGAAAGGAAGUGCGAGCUGGAACUGAUCAAUAAUUCCUUGUCAAAUCACCAACACACAUACCGUGAACACCUCGAUUCGGUGAACGCUUCUAUUACUAUAAUGUUCACUUUUCAUAGGUGUCACUGUAUGCACCGUCGUGCAACUUCUGCAAAUGUCUGAUUUUGCUGGCACAUGUGCCGACACAAGGAACUAUUCGCUAACGGCAUAUAAGUGAUUUUGGGUGUAUUUUUGUCAACCCGGACAUGCGUUAACGUGGACAAAUAUACUGCUCAUACUUCGGUUUAAAUUGAAUAACUGGUCAACAACGACUGUUGUAUAUCCGGCUACAUUCUAGGGUAUACUACGAGCUAGUAAUCAUGCCAACUGCAUAAAACCCCACUUUCCCCCAAUCAGUUAAACCAAGUCUUUUCAAGACUAACAGAUAUCACACAGCUCAGCUGGUGUUGUAGGAAACAAGUGGACACGAAAAUGGCAACAACCAUAACAACAUCGCUUAUACAGACGGCCGAAGCGCUUUCUGAACAAGACACACGGAUAUCUUCAAUCAUUCUGUUUAUACUGAAUAAAGUCUUCCCACCCGCUGUCAUUGUCGGGGGUCUGAUUGGAAACCUCCUUAUCUACUUGGUCCUGAAGCAGCCUCAAUACGCUAAGCAGACGACAUGCUUCUUCAUGAGGACGCUGGCAAUCUGCGACAGCUGCAGCCUCGGUCACAUCAUUAUCAGAACAAUGGUCUUCUAUCAUCCUGGCUACAUGCUUUUCAAAUCCGGUAAAUACGUCUGUCCCAUUAUGGCUUUUUUCACCGGGGUGUACGGCUUAUCAAAUUGGACGACAACGGCCAUGACAUUUGACCGUUUCCUUGCAGUACGUUAUCCCCUAAAGGUGGCGUCGUGGUGUACAAUGAAACGUUGUCGAAUCUGUCUCGUCUGUAUUUAUAUUUCGGGUAUUGCUAUUUUAAUUCCAUACAGUUUCAGAAGCGUCAAACCAGGAGCCAUGGUCCUCAAGGAAAUCUGCAGAUUCGAUCCAAAUAUAUUUCCACUUUGGUUCCACGGCACCAUACACCUCAUCCAAUCAUUUGGAUUAUUCACUACGCCAUUUUGUCUAAUUUUGAUAUUCAAUAUGUCCAUCAUUGCAACACUCAUACAGGAAAAGAUACGAAAACGAGGCUCUAUGAUGGCUACUUCCGGUGGUAAGCCGAAAGAUAGUCACAUUACCGUCCUGUUGCUAUUAGUGACGUCUGUGUUUUUUGUGACCAAUAUACCAUGGACGCUUGAUCAGUUGAUAUGGAACCCAAACCAGGUCUUGUCCCCAAGAAUGGCUAUGAUACGUCAGGUAACCUACGAGGUUGAAGUCUUGCUUCUCGUGCUAAAUCCUUCAGUGAACUUUUACACAUAUUGUUUAGGGUGUCGGAAAUUUCGCAAUGAUGUCAAAGCAAUGUUCAGCAAGGUCGUGAAAUAGACCAAAUAAGAUACUUUAUAGGAAUAAGUUUCACAAAAUAACAUGAGGCAAAGUUU